AGCUCAACAUUUUAGUCCUUAUCUCUUUUACCAUCUCUUUCAACAUAUGAUAUUCUUAAUUUUCAACCUUAAAUCUUUUUUUGGAAGUAAGUGGCCGGUUUUCGAAAAGAAAAUGUCUGCAAAAAAAGUCGGAAACGUGCAAAAUGUUUGAAAGUUGACAUAGCUUUAUCAAAAUCUUUCACUUUGUUAUACUCAACAUAACUGUCAGUAUAAAUAUUUUUUAUCUCAUCAGGUCGGUAUUAUUAUAACAGGUAUGAAGAAGAGAUAGAGGCAAACACAAAUAAACGUACUAAUAUUGAUCGAGCGCCGGCCAUCCAUACUUAUAUAUAAUAUAUACAAACAUAAACCCCACUAUAUUUAGUCCACUUUCUAUACUUCUUUUUGCCUAUUUACUUCACUACUAAAUUAGCAAUCAAGAUAUAUUCAUAUAUGGCGAAAACCUCAAAACUGAGUAAACAAAACACUUGUUUAAGCAACAGCAAUACUGAUAAUGGCAUUUCUAAAGGGAAGAGGAAGCGAAAAGCCAGAGACUCGCCGCCUCAACGACGUAGUUCAAUCUACAGAGGUGUCACCAGGCACCGAUGGACGGGUCGAUAUGAAGCUCAUUUAUGGGAUAAAAAUUGCUGGAAUGAGUCGCAGACUAAAAAAGGAAGACAAGUAUAUUUGGGGGCCUACAAUGAGGAAGAAGCAGCUGCACAUGCAUAUGACUUGGCAGCAUUAAAGUAUUGGGGUCAACACACAAUCCUUAAUUUCUCUGUGUCGACGUAUGAAAAAGAGAUAAAAGAAAUGGAAAGUCAAUCAAGAGAAGAAUAUAUUGGUUCUUUGAGAAGGAAAAGUAGUGGAUUUUCAAGAGGAGUCUCGAGAUAUAGAGGUGUAGCUAGACACCACCACAAUGGACGAUGGGAGGCUCGCAUUGGCAGGGUGUUUGGAAAUAAGUAUCUCUACCUUGGAACAUAUGCUAGCGAAGAGGAAGCAGCAAUGGCAUAUGAUAUGGCAGCUAUACAGUACCGUGGACCAAACGCUGUUACAAAUUUUGACAUCAGCCGUUACAACAACUGUUCAGGUCCAAACCCUAAUGACAUGAAUCCCAUGCCUAGCACCAAAGAAGAAAAAGCAUCGUCCGUCGUAGACUGCCCGGAGACACCACCGGAGGUGGAGAAAUCUAGGAGGAGUACUACUUUCCCAGAUGACAUACAAACGUACUUUGACUGCCAAGAUUCCAGUAGCACCUUUAUGGAGGAUAGUCAUAUUAUUUUUGGAGAUUUAGAAUCAUUUGUGUUGCCUAUGAUGUUUGAAUGUCAUCAACUUGAGGAAUUUUUAUCUUUUUCUCCGUACUCAGAACUUGAACUCGAGACUUCUGAUUAAAGUUGGAGCAAUCUCACCAUUGCACCACAAUCUAUAUGUUGGUUACGUGAGGGGGUAUAUUAAUUGUUUCUUAGUUUUGAUAUUUUGAAGAAUUAAUUAUUUAGUACUUUAUUACAAGAGAGGAGAGAAAUUAAGGGUAUGGAGUAGUAUUAUUUAUGUUUCUUAGUAAUUUGGUUUUCUUUAGAUCUGUAUAAGGAGUAAUUAUUUUUGUCCAUGCAU